UUGAAACUAAUGUCCUAAUUUCUAAUUUAUCAAGCCCCCUUUGGGAAAGCUUUCACAAUUCUGUGACUGGCAGGAGAGCCAUUCACCUGCUGGUAAGGCCGAGGCUCAGAGGCAGUGAGCAGCUAGGACCACUGUGUUGUCUAAAAUUUUUUGGUACAGUGAAGUCUCCAGAUAUUUUAGCCAUAGAUGUCAUUUUAGCCUGGGAAUGCUGGGAUGUCUGCUUGGUGUUCAGUGAUAUUGACUUCUGAAGAAGCCCUUCUCAGGAACAGCCUGGAGAGGUGGGCCAACACUGCUACUGCUUAUAGAGUGGAAGGAAAGAAAUUCUGAUGGAUGGCAAAAAUGACAUUGUAAUGAGAUGGACUUUCUGGGCUCAGACAGGGCUUUCCCAAGAGCUAAAGCCUUGGAAUAUGCCAACACCCCAUGAAGAUUGUAUAUAAGCACUCCAGGGAGGCCUGGAGAAUCCACAACCUGCGAUCCUACCUAUUCUGUAACCCUCCUCACUAGCAUCAUGGCCACCCAGAUCUGCACCCCGACCUUCUCUGCUGGGUCUGCCAAGGGCCUCUGUGGCACCACAGGGAGCUUCUCUCGGAUAUCUUCCAUCCACUCUAUGGGCUCCUGCAGGGCCCCCAGUUUGGUUGGCACUGUGGGGCCAAUGUCCUCCUUCAGGACAGGCUUCUCUGGCCUUGGCAGCUGCUUGCCAGGCACCUACCUGUCCUCUGGAUGCCACUCCUCUGGCUUUGCUGGGAGCGGGGGCUGGUUCUGCGAGGGUGCCUUCAAUGGCAAUGAGAAGGCCACCAUGCAAGUCUUGAACGACCGACUGGCCAACUACCUGGAGAAGGUGCGGCAGCUGGAGCAGGAGAACGCACAGCUGGAGUGCCGCAUCCGGGAGUGGUACGAGUGUCAGAUCCCAUACAUCUGUCCCGACUACCAGUCCUACUUCAAGACCGCUGAGGAUCUGCAGCAGAAGAUCCUGCUGACCAAGUCUGAGAACGCCAGGCUGAUAUUACAAAUUGACAAUGCCAAGCUGGCCGCUGAUGACUUCCGGACCAAGUACGAGACGGAGUUGUCCCUGCGGCAGCUGGUGGAGGCUGACAUCAAUGGUCUACGCCGGAUCUUGGAUGAGCUGACCUUGUGUAAGGCUGACCUGGAGGCACAGGUUGAGUCCCUGAAGGAGGAGCUGCUGUGUCUCAAGAGGAACCAUGAGGAGGAAGUCAAUGCACUCCGUUCCCAGCUUGGGGACCGGCUGAAUGUGGAGGUGGAUGCUGCUCCCCCAGUGGAUCUCAACAAGAUACUGGAUGACAUGCGAUGCCAGUAUGAGACCCUGGUGGAGAAUAACCGUAGAGAUGUGGAGGCUUGGUUCAACACCCAGACGGAGGAGCUGAACCAGCAGGUGGUGUCCAGCUCAGAGCAGCUGCAGUGCUGCCAGACAGAGAUCAUCGAGCUGAGGCGCACAGUCAACGCCCUGGAGAUCGAGCUGCAGGCUCAACAGAGCAUGCGGAAUUCUCUGGAAUCUACCCUGGCUGAGACAGAGGCCCGCUAUGGCUCCCAGCUGGGCCAGAUGCAAUGUCUGAUCACCAAUGUGGAGUCCCAGCUGGCUGAGAUUCGUUGUGACCUAGAACGUCAGAACCAUGAGUAUCAGGUGUUGCUGGAUGUCAAGGCCAGGCUGGAGUCAGAGAUCGCCACCUACCGCCGCCUGCUAGACGAGGAGGACUGCAAGCUUCCUGCUCACCCUUGUUCCACGGAAUGCAAGCCUGCUGUAAGAGUUCCUUACAUCCCUUCUACAUCCUGCACCACGGCUGUACCCUGUGCCCCAACUGGGCCCUGCACCCCAGCUUCUCAAGUCAGCACCCAGGUCCGUACCAUCACUGAGGAGAUCAGGGAUGGAAGAGUCAUCUCCUCCAGGGAGCACGUGGUGCCCCGUGCAAUGUGACCUGUCACCAGUGGUGCCUAGGCCACAGGAAGGAGGACACCUUGUGGCUCUUGGCAGCUAAAUGAUCUUGCACUUCCCUAGGGCCCUCUCUGCUUAGCAGGUUUUUCUACUCAAAUUCAUCUAUUGUUUCUGGUCUUAACUGUGCUUUUUACGCUGUGCAAAACCAGGUUUCCCUUGGAAAUAUUCCCAAAUAAAGUGUUCUCUUGGCAUAGCAAAUCU